GUUUAACCCAUCUUUGUGGUUAUAAUAAUAAUACACAACACAUUACUGAUAACUACAGAUAUACGAAUUAAUUCACAUUUCGUAAUUAUAAUUAUAAUCUGUUCAACAUUUGACUAUUAAAACAUAUGAGGAUAAAUUGGCGGUAAUUUCAAAUUUCUAAAUCACCGAUAAAGAUGUGUUCAAAAAAAAAAAAAAAAAAAAAAAAAAAAAAAAAAAAAAAGAGAAAAGGCAAAAUCUCUGGCGAAGUGCGGAAGAAGGAACAGGAGGAAGUGAUUUAAUGGGGAAGGUUCAGUGACAUAGAUUACAUCAUUUCGCGUCGGGAAGUUUCGUCGAUAAAUCUUGUACGUUCGUGUAUUGUCGGUGCGACAUCGUCACCCUCUUUUUUCCUGUCCUGCCACGCCGUGUACACUAGUAGAUUUAGUAGGCAUAUUACGAUCGUAUGAAAAGUACAAAAAAAAAAAAAAAAGAAAAAAAACGAAUAUAUCGAGAGAUCUUAAUCGACUGUUUUACAUCUAUCAUAGGUGUGGCUUCGUAGACAGAAAUAGUUCAUUAUUAUUGCGCGUGUCAUAAUUUUUUAUCUCUCUCUAUCGUAGUAGAGUAAGAGAAAGAGAGAGAGAGAGAGAGAGAGAGAGAGAGAGAGAGAGAGAGAGAGAGAGAGAGAGAGAAACUUUAGAUCGUGUAAAGAGAGAGAGUGAGAGAGAGAGAAAGAGAGAGAGAGAGAAGACCUUCGUGCGCAUACGUUGCGCGCAGCGCACCUGCAUCGGUCCAAUCCAGUAGGGAGAAAAAUUUCAAGCCUGUCAUCAAUCACUCUCGUCGUAGGACAGAAAGACGACGAAGGUACAUUCGCUUGGCAUCCAUCCGAGAGUAAGACGUUCGACGAUCUCUUUUGACCAAUUUUUUUCUAUCUCCCUCUCUCUCUCUCUCUCUCUCUCUCUCUCUUUCUUUUUCUUUCUUUCUUUCUCUCCUUUUCUCUUUAUCUUUCUCUGCAAACGGCAGAAAAAAGGACGAUGCCCGCGAACAAGAGUAAUCAGCUGUCGACGCCUCGCAAAGAGAAAUCGAACAACGGACUAGCUGCGGGCAAUUCGAAGAAGAAGAAACGCUCCUGCGUUAAGCAUAAAAAACAUUGCAAACAAUAUCUGCAGCUCCAUUCGGAAUACAGGAGCACGUACACAUGGCACGAAUAUACAGGGCCGCAACAAGAGCAUACAAUUGUUCGCCGGGCGCCUCAACCACCACCGACGUCCACCAAACAGGCGAACGCAAAACUGCAGUCGGCGAAGUCAACCGAGGACGAGAACAGCGAAGGACCUACCUUAGAACCGCCAUUGCCAAGAAGAAAGAAAUGUCCCGAAUUGGCGUACAAGACUCACGAAUUUAUUCCGACGGCGGAUGGCGGUGGCCUGGAUGUUAUAGAUUCGAAUCUCGUAGCUGAUAAGGUUCAGGAAGUAACAAACACUGUACCAGCUAGUCAACUGAGCAAGGCGAUAUCUCGUAUCAGUACUGAAUACCGUUUACAAUUCGCAUGGCCUAGACGACCCCAAUUAACGAAUGGCGACGCAGCACCCAUUAUAUCGACGGGAGCAUCUUUAGGUACCGGUGGACCACCAAGAAAAUCUCUCAGCAUGGGAGCACUCAAACAGGGUAUCGUACCUUCUGGUCCCGCGCCAGUUCAUAAGAAAAGACCUGGAGACGUGGAUCAUAAACGGGACGGGGUCCAAGCGUCCGAAUUAGAACCAUUGGUGGGAGGGACAGGUACGGAUACUAUCGAUGGAACGGUUCUAGAAGGAGACGAACGCGAAGAGGAUACCUCAGAUUUAAAAAUAGCGUUCAGGGGUAGAAAAUCAGGGGGUAAAACCGUAAGGAUAUCGGGAAGUGGCGAUAAAGCGACGAGCAAAUCGCAAGAGAAACCAUUCCCUACGGCAGAGGUGAUCGAACUAAGACGACUCGCUGACGAGUACAAGCAUCGUGACUGGGGUUGCGGUCUGGCAGCCGAGGAUGAAGCUUCCCUGUGGAAACGGGUAUCCAGUAACCACGCUCUCAACGCUCUGUCUCUUGCCAGAUCAGUGACGAAAGAAGAAAAGAACAAAGAAAAUACGAGGAAAGUGACUCCGGUUAUAGCUGCGAUGACGAUGCCACCAGCAGGUAGACCAUCCUCGGUUCAAGCAAGACCGAUUCAUGUUUCACAACAAGAUGAUUUGAAGUUGGAUAACGAAAAAACUGUAGCUCGCGCGAGAAAAGAUUUUUUGAUUCGUCAUCAUUUGGAUCGUACUACUGGCGUAGGCGACGGUGCACUACUCCCCUCUCCAACGAGAGAGAAGUUGGAGCCCGUAAUACCGCGACGACGCGAGGAAUCGAGAGAACAUCGGGAAGAGAUCCAACCAAGAACGAAGUCCAGUCCGAAGAAUAGUCCACGUACUGGACGUUCUCAGAGUCUUGGACCUAGCGUUACCGAGCGUAGGUCACCGAAACGGCAACCUCCACGUGCACCAUCUGUGACAAAGGAUAUGAAGGAGAAAGAGAAAGAGAAGGAAUUUAAGGAUAAAGAUAGAGAUCAAAAGGAUAGAAGCGCUGAAAUCGAGAGACCACGGCCAAUGACGGCAGAGCCUCAGCUGAAUGGAGAUGCAACGGGAGGUGAUUCGAGCGUGGCUUCAACACCACCGUCGCAAACUCGUGCUAUCUCAGCUGGUGCUGGUACUUGGAUCGAUGAUGAGCCAGUCGUAAAGAGUCCACCGGAACCAACGCGUGUGAAAUCGCCGGAACAAAUGAUUAUGCGCUCACCUGAACCGGUUAACUGGACAGUGCCCCUCGAUACCGGGAAGACGUUUACCGUUACACAAAACGUUAGAGAGGAGCCCCUGACGCGUCCUCAUAGUGAAGCAAAGACGUGGGCACCGUCCUGCGUACCAUCGGCACCGCAAUCGGCUCCUCCGGAGUUAGCAGCUCAGCACAAGUCGCAGCAUCAUUCGCAACAUUCUGGUUAUAAAUCGCCAGAAAGUGAGAGCGUCUCACUUGGCAGUUUCGGUGGGAUUACCGAUCAAAAGGAGGACAUGGAUUCGGGACGUGCAAGUCCUUGUUCAUUGCCGACGAAAAUAGAGAACUUGUCCGCUGGAGAAUCCGUGAUCACAUCUGGUCAAGAUGAGAAGAAAACAUACGACGCUGAUAGAGAACAGGAUAAGGGAGAACCGGUGAAAUCGAUAGGUAGUAGCAAUAUAAAAUGUCUCGAGGAUCCAUCGUUCGAAUUAGAACGUAAGAAGAUCGAUUCGGGAGCUCCUACGACAACGACAACAACGGCGACGACAACGACAUCGAAUGUACCGCAUCAGCCGUACCGUAUUCUCGAAGCUGAAUCACCUCAAAGUGGGGUAGGUAGUGAAGGAACCGCAGGAGGAGGCGGCGGUGGCGGUGGCGGUGGCGGCGGCGGCGGCGGCGGUGGUAGUGGUGGUGGUAAUGGUGGUGGUAGUGGUAGUAGUGGAAGUGGAGAAACAGGAACGCCUAUCAGCAGCAGCAGCAACGUCGCUACCACCACCGCAACGGCUGGUUAUCACGUAUUAGAGGCACCGCCAGUUCAGAUGAUACCAGGUACGGCUCAUCGUUCAACGGCGACUGAUGUCUUAGAAAAAGCACGAAAUCGCUUUGAUAAGUUCUGGGGAAAGGGUAGUCCCUCUGAGAAUUAGAAUCCUACGGAAUAAACUAGUAGCUAUGACCGCGACAAUGAAUUCGAAGAGGAGGGGAAUGUACGUGUAGAACGAGAGGAGAGUUGUUCAUGAGAAGCGAUCAAGGAGAGGGAGAAGAUAGGAGGAAGGAGUUUGUUUAUAAACUUCGGACGGAGUUCCUGAGAGCAGUUAUCCCGUCGUUUCCUUCGCUCGUCCGACAUGCGAGCACGUACAAUAUUUAAUCUUGCAAUUGGAAGCUAUCGUAGAUGGAAUAGAGAUGGUUUCGUGCGAGCAUUAGAAAUAAUUCAAGACUCCGAAGAAUGUACAUCUUUAAUUUCGGGUAGAAAAAAAAGAAAAAAGAAAAAUAAACGAAGAGCUAACCAUUAGGGUCACGAUCUAAUGGGUAAUUCCUAUCGAAGAAGACGGGUAAAGAAGAAAACGGAUGCGAGCGAAAGCAACGGCAGGAUCGCCUAUGGAUGCGUUGUAGAAGCUUCGAGGAUUCCUUUCGGGAUUAAGUUUUCGAAACGUUACAGUUCGCGUGUCUCAUAUUCGUUAGUGCGUUGUAUAACAUAUAGUUACGUGUGGGUGAUAAACACCGAACAACAUCUUAUAUCGAGAUCCAUGUAGACGGUGAGUGUCUGAAGGAUAGGUAUCGAUGUCGUUAAAGUUCUGGAAGCUGCGUGCGAAUACAUAUAAGUUAUAAACUCGACUCGUAUUAUUAGAUUCGCAUCAAUGAUAUUCUUACGUAUAAAUCAAUAUCAAACGUUCGUGGUAACCGUAUGUAUGUAUCUCUUUUACAUACGUACGUGUUUAUUAAAUAUUCAAAGUAAAUACAAACACACACACACACACACAUACAUGCAUACUUAUACGUUAACGUACGAAACUUCCUUUACAUUAGAUUCGAAUAAUUGCGUAAGAUCAUCUAUCAUAGCUGAGAGACGUGCGAUUUUUUUCUUUUCUUUUUUUUUCUUUCUCUUUCUCUUUUUGCGAGGAUUUUCAAAUCUUCAAAGAAGAAAGUAAUAAAGGAUGAAAACAAAAAAAAAAAAAAAAAAAGAAAAAAAAGAGAGAAAAAAAAUGCACGUAAACUCGAGCGAAGAAAGAUGCGACUCAAGGCUUGUCACUCUUUGUAGAAGCAAAAAAGCCCCUCCCAAAAAAAGAAAAAAAGAAAAAAAAGAAAAAAAAGGAUAAAAGGUACAUAGCCUUCAGCUACUUCAUGCGUUUUAUAUUUAUGAAAUCUACACGAAGAUACACCUUGUAUAUGUGUAUGCAUAUGCACCAGUGCGUAUAUCUACAGGUGUGUUGUUGCAUGUAUACAAUACAUACGUUCGAUAUAUGUAUAAACACACGUCUAGAGGAUGCAUGCGCGUGCGAGCACAUCACACACACACACACACACACACACAUUACUACUAUUAGUAACACUACUACCACUACUACUAUUACUACUACUACUACUAUUACUACUACUACUAUUACUAUUACUAUACUACUAUUACUACACACACAUACACACACAUACACACACAUACACGCGCGUCACGUAAUAUAAAAGAGAAAAGUAUUAAGCAAGCGUAAUACAAGAAUAAUACACGCAUGCGUACGCAUACGCGCGUGCGCAUACACAACACAGAAAAACAUGUGCACGCGCGUUACGGAAGAGAACGACGAAUGAUUAACAUUCGGAGAAAAGUCCCGCGGGCAACUUCGGCAAGUGGAACUACCUCCUUAGAGAACGCGUCUCGAUCUUUUUUAACUAUAUUCAUGAAGAAAUUUUUCACGAGCUUACUCGUUAUACUCCGAUAAUUAACUUGCUUCGUAGGAGAGAAGAAAAAGAAGAAGAAGGAGAUGAUAACGAUGACGAUGAUAAUGAUAAUGAUAAUGAUAAUGAUAAUGAUAAUGAUUAUAAUGAUGAUGAUAAUGGCGAAAAUGAAAAACAAAGGAAAAAAGAAAAAAGGAAAAAAAAAAAAAGAAAAAAAAAUUGAACAAAAUUUAUGAUAACUAAGAUAAAUAAUUCCCGUACACGCUAAGAAAGAUUAUUUACCAGAUAUUUAGUAUCGAAAUAAGAAAAUGGGAACGAUCUUAAUCCGCAAGUAUAUAACGGUGUGUCGAUAUGUAUUACCUUGUACGGAUGCCGAAAAAAAAAAAGGAAAAAGUAAAAGAAAAAAAAAAAUAUUUAAACACAACAGUUCGUCCAUGUACGGUUCGUUACGUCGCAGGAAGAAAAUACAAAUCACGGUUUAUUUCGCGAAACGAGCAAGACCCUUUGUUGCUGAGCAAUUUUUUACCCUGGGGAAUGACACGACUUUUUUAACGCCGGCAACGAGAAUCAAUUGUUUCGCGCGCAAAUCGAAGAACAAAAAAAAGUAAACAAAUACAAAAAAAAAAAAAAUAAAUAAAACAAAAAAAAAAGAAAAGAAAAGAAAUGAAAAAAGAAUAAACUCGAACGACGACGGGAUAUCAACGUUGUUCUUCGAUCGUCCGCAUGCCUGUGCCCUAUGAUUUUUUUUCAUUUUUAAUACGAAUAUUUUUGCUAGGAAACGAUUUUCAUUAUAAAAAAAAAAAAAAAAAAAAAACUUAGAAUCGCGCGAGAGGAGGCUUUCGUCUUUGAAGGUAAGGAAGGGGAAAAAAAGAAAAAGUAAAAGAAGAAGAAAAGAAAAUGAGAUAAAGCGGAGUGCUCAAAAAUUGGUAAUUGGUGCUAAUUUGUAUCGAAGGAUCAUCGAAAGUAUCGUAAGAGAAGAAGAAGAAGAAGAAGAAGAAGAAGAAAAGAAGAAGAAAAAGGGUGACGAUAGGACACGAUUCUCUCUCUCUCUCUCUUUCUCUCUCUCUCUCUCUCUCUCUCUCUUUCUCUCUCUCUCUUUCUCUCUCAUUGUGAGAUAGUAUUCGCUUAUAUAUGUAUUUGUUGCUAAAUGACGAGAAAUUCUAGGCCCGUAAGAAGAACGUUCGGCGAAGAUACAUAUACAUACGUAUGUAAUAAUAGGGAAAAAAAAAAACAAAAAGAAAAAAAAAAAAAGAAAAAAAAAACAAACCACAUUUUGUUCUUAAUCCGUUUAAACGAAUUUUUCAUCGAUUGUGCGCUUACGACGUUGUCAUAAGGUAUAACGUCUAUUGGUUGCAUAUUUUUCAUUAUUGACAAAGGUUUACCUCGAAGACGAAGAGGCUAAUGAACUUUACCUAAACGUUAAGCGAUAAUAAUAAAUAUCUAAAAAUGGCCAGGAUCGAAAGCGAGAAUUUUUCGUUUUAGGAUCGACCGGACGAAGCUCUAGAAGUUACAAUCGAAAAGAAAGAAAAAAAAUAAACCCCACUCGACCCUUUCUUUUCUCUCCGAUCCCUCCUUAGACCCGACCGGCUCCUUCCUCCCUCUUUCUCCCUUCCCUUUUCACAAGCUUAUGUCUCCUCCUUCCUCGUCCUGCUAUUCUCAUCUCUCUUUUUCCUUUUUUUGUUUUUCUUUUUUUUUUCCAUCUCCCGCUCCGUAUAUCCCCCUCCCUCUCUCUUCCCGCUUUCGAAAUAUGCACGCGCGUUUACACGAUACGUCGGUAAUACCACACUCCAUCCAGAUUCACGUCCAAAGACAACCAAUCGUACUGAAACAGCAUAGCGAUAUAGUAAUAAUGAUAAUAAUAAUGAUUAACGAUAAUGAUAAUGAUAACGAUACUGAUUACGAUAAUGAUAAUGGUACUACACAAAUAGAACAUUACAAACGACAAAAAAAAAAAAAAGAAAAGAAAAAAAAAAAGAAAAAAAAAUAUUAACGUAGAAAACGAAAGGAACAAUCGAAGGAAUGGACCAUUAAACGAAAGAAAUGAAAAAAAGAAAAACGAAAGAGAAAGAUAGAAAAGAGAACGAUGAAUGGAUUACAUAAAUCUAAAGAAAGAAGAUUCAGAUAAAGGAAAAGAAAUGAUCCAAUCAAGUAUGAUAAUUAGGACGCAGAAACUGGAAGACAGUGUUUAGAACUGGCGAUCGUUGACGAUGUCGAUCUUGAUCGGUACGAUCGUCUUACUUCCAUUGGAUACAUAUAUUUUCAACUAGAUCAAAUUUCUGAUUAUAUUUAUUACCGAUCUAAUAAAUGAUCGAUUGUAACUCAUAUUUAUUAUAACGAUAUACACAAAAAUGUGAUCGAACGUGAAAUACGAAAGAUAGUACCGAUAAGAUUUUUUCUUAAGAGACAUCGACGUCGUCGACCGAUUCGAUCGAUAUAAAAAAUAUACAUAACAUACGUAUAUAAAACGUCAUAACCCGCGAUAACUUCAAAAAACAAAACAAAAUCAAAAAAAACAAAAACAAAAAAAAAACAAAAAACGAAGAAAAGAAAAUAAAAAAAAAAAAGAUUACAAAAAAAAAAACAUACACGAGAAUAAACGGAGAACUGGCAAACUCUCUCCCACUAUUCAUCUUUUCUUAUUAACACAAUUUUAUGAUUGCGCCUAUCUUCCAAAAUCAAUGCUUUUUAUGCGACCCACCCUAUAUAUCCUCUAUAUCUAUCUUGAAUCCCAUAAUUCUUUAAAAAGAAUAUAAGGGGAAUCGUCAUAUUUUUCCAUGGUUGUAAAGAAACAAUGCCGCAAGGUUUUCGAAACAUUGUCAUUUAAAAUUCGAAACAUUAAAUAUUUUUUUCUUAUCAGGUUUAUAUUGCAUUAAUUUUUAAAUUGCAUCAUUUUUUGAAACGUUAGAAUUUUUUUUUUUCAUUAAUUCUUUUCCGAUAAAUACACGAAUCCUAUAAUGUUUUUUUUCUACGGCUCAAUUUAACCCUAAUUUUUUUCUUUCUUUUUUUUUUUUUUUUUUUUUUUUUUUUUUAAUUAUGAUUGUGCGGCAUUUUUCCUUACAACCAGAGAAAUAAUAUGUUCUCGUACCAAAUCAUGCGCAUCCUUAAAUAACCAAUAUCUCUCUCUCUCUCUCUCUCUCUCUCUCUCUCUCUCUCUCCUCGAUAUACAUACAUUAAAUAUAAACCAAUGGCACGUCGAUUAUUUAUAUAUAUAUAUAUAUAUAUAUUUAUAUAUAUAUGUGUGUGAUAAGCGACGUAUUAUUCCAACCAAUAAUCUUGUAAGGAUGAGCGACAAGAAUUCAUAUACCUAAUAUAUUAUCCAUUGCUAUCACAAAGAAAAAUUAAAUUAUAAAUUAAAUUAAAUUAAAAUAAAAUAAAUUAUAAACUAUAAACUAUAAACUAUAAACUAUAAACUAUGAAUUAUAAAUUAAUGUCAAAAAAAGAUUUAUCGAAAACGGUGGUAGUUCGAUCGAGAAAGCCAACGUCUUCUCUACGAGGUUUUGUCGCUUUUCGCUCAUCGGUUUUAUUAAGAAUCGUAUAGCUUCAUAUAAACGUUUAAAGCGCUAAAAAUAAAAUAAUAUAAAGGAAACGUAGAAAAGAAGAGAAAAGGAAAAAAAAAGAAAAAGAAAAAGAAACAAGAUAAAUGCGACGAGAUAACACGAAGCCCGAGAAGAAUUAAAAUAAUCGAGAGAAAUAAUUUAAUUCAUCGACUAUUGUAAGAGCAUUGAUAGCACAGAUAUUUCGUUUGCAAGAAAGGACCGUACGCGUGCCUCUUAUUUGAAGAAAAAGAAAAUGAAGAAGAAGAAAAAGAAGAAGAUGAAGAUGAAGAUGAAGAUAAAGAUGAAGAUGAAGAGGAAGAAAAAGAAAAAGAAAAUGAAGAAGAAGAAGAAGAAGAAGAAAAAGACAUGUACACCUUAAUAGAUGCUUAUUUAUACAGCAUAUGCUUGUUCCUUGAAUAACUGAAUCGAAAACACGGCACGAGUGACAAACAAACAAAACAAAAUAAUCCUAAAAAGAAUAAAAUAAAUAAAAAAAAAAUAAAUAAAUAAAUAAACAAAAAAAAGAAAAAAAGAAAAAUAAUACGAAUGAGAAAAUUAGAUACACGGCACUACGAAGGUACUAUUACAUUCACGGGUUAUAAAUAAAUAAAUAAAUAAAUAAAUAAAUAAAUAAAUAAAUAAAUAAAUAAAUAAAUGAAUAAAUAAAUAAAUGAAAGACGAGACGAACGAAUACGAGAAACGUUAGCGCAUGUAUGAAAGAGCCGUAGCCAUUAAUUACGAAUAUAAUUUUUCAAUCCCACGCGUAAAUUCGAUUACGCACAAGAAGAGGACACACGAGGUACUAUUUAUUGGAUAGUCUCGAACAACUAGAUUAUUAUUAUUAUAACGAUAUAAUAAUAAUAAUAAUAAUAAUAAUAAUAAUAAUAAUAAUAAUAAUAAUAAUAAAUCGACGAUUCCUAUAGAACUUUAUGCGACAAUAUGUAUCAUUUUUUUACGAAUCAAUCCAUCAUAUAAUCUGAUGGACAAAUAUUUCGUUGCACAAUUUUCCACGGGAUUAUACUAUGAUGAACAUGAAAAAAAAUGGAUUAUUCUAAUUCUCGAUGCCAUGAUUAUUAGAAACGUCUUUUACGCAGUAGGUACUUUUAUACGAUCCACGAACGUAUCUCUCUUUCUCUCUCUCACAUACAUUUUCUCUCUCUCUCUCUCUCUCUCUCUCUCUUUUUUCUUUUAUUUCUUUCUUUCUUUUUUUUUCUUUUUUUAAUUUAUUCUCUUAAUUACCGUUAAAAUAUUUGAGUGAAUGUAAUAGCGCCUUAGCGUGAUUCGUAAUGAUGACAGAAAGAUUUGGAGAGUACAGAUCGGAUCAAAAUCGAGAGAAAUGUGGGAGCUUAAUGUGUUCCGACUUAUUUCCGUAGACUGCAUUCAUGAUUGUGAUGCAUCAUUUUUUCGCCUAUUUAAAUGCUUAUCCUUGAUAGCUCUCCUAAAUCCUCAAUUUGUUCGAUCUGUACCGCGUUACAUAUCGAAGGCGCAUCUUUAAAGUUCACACUGCCCGUCCAGAUUCAAAUAGAACUUAUCGGGAAGGAAAAAAAGAAUUGUCAGAAUGAAACAAUGUAAUUUCUCUCUCUCUCUCUCUCUCUCUCUCUCUCUCUCUCUCUCUCUCUCUCUCUCAAUCGUAAUCUCAGAUAUAAAAUACAUAGUAAUGAUUCGACCUCAGAUUUUAUGGCUCUCUCUUUCUCUUUCUCUUUCUCUCUCUCUAUCUCUCUCUCUCUCUCUCUCUCUCUCUCUCUCUCUCUCUCUUUCUCUCUCUCUCUCUCUCCAUUUUCUUUCUUAUACGGUAUUAUAAUUGCAUUUAUAUCGAAUGAUGAUAAUUCGUUUUGUUGGUUUGUUGGUUGAGUGAAAAAAAAAGGAAAAAGAAAAAAAAAAAGAGAAACAACAAAUGAGAGAAAUUCAUUUAAAACCAAGGAAAGUUCCUUCAUGCCAAAAUGAACGUGCGAUGAUCGUUCGUUAUUACACGAGAAUACAUAAUUAAGCCGGUGAUUACGAAAAGUAAUCUAACUGAGAAAAAAUUUUUAUUUUUAAUUAUUUUACUGCACAAUUAGCAUUGACCUAAUAGGCAAUUGACCUAAUCAUAAGAAUUUACGCGAUGAACUAAUUUUUUUUCUUGUUUUAAUUUUUCACUUCAAAACACUUUCAUAAUCACCGAUUUAAUUAAAGAGAUAAUUUCCAAAUGUUCGAGUAUAAAAAUAAAGUUCAUUUUCUCUAUGAUUUGUUAAAUACACACUUUUGUACAGUAGACAUGCGCCUGAGAGCUAAUGUACCGUGAAAGGGUAAACAACUAUCUCGUGAUCGAAGAAAUGAAAAGAAUAAAAAAAAAAAAAAAAGAAAAAAAAAAGAAAAAAAAAAUAAGAAAAAAGAAAAAGAAAAAUGAGAUUAAAAUACCAAAAAAAAAAAAAGAAGAAGAAGAUGAAGAAGAAGAAAAAGAAGAAAAAGAAGAAGAAGAAGAAGAAGAAAAUCGAAUGCCAAUUAAAAUUCAGCGAGUGCGGGCUGAAUCUUUUAUUGUUAAAGUUAGCGAGUUAUAAACAAAUUUCUUAUACAUAUUAUUCAGUUUCGAGCUAUAGCUCUUGAGAGAAAUUUUACCACUUUGUUGAUAAACACUCUUGGGGAUCAUGUGUUCAAACGUCCAGUGUGCGUCAUUAUAAUUGGAGAAAAAAAAGAAAAGAAAAGAAACGAAAAGAAAAGAAAAGAAAAAAAAAAAAGAAAAAGAAGAACGACUUCGAUUGCUUUCAUUUUCACACGAUUUACGCUUUCUCUGUUACACGAAAUCGUGUUACGAUGUUAGCAAGUAUGUAUGUCUCAUAGAGAGUUCCAAUAUUCCUUGAAUAUUUCCCCGUGCCUACGACGUUAAGUGAUCGUGCAUAAAGAUUUCGUAUAGACGGGACACACAACGACGACAGACCAUUAUACAUUUUUCAAUAUUCGUCCCGCGAGGGUAAUAAACUUUCUUACCAAAAGAAAAAAGAAAAAAAAGAAAAAGAAGAAGGAGAAAACGAUAAGACAUGCGUUACAAAAAAUACGGUUUACUUAAUUCUAGUGUAAUUCGAUUGGAUUGUAUUCUACAUCUUAUAAUAUUUUUGUUUUUAAUCCUUUUUCUUUGUUUUUUUUUUUUUUUAUUUUUUUUUUUUUUUAUGCGAAUACCGUGUCAGUGCAUUAAUACACCGAUACGUUUUCCCAUUGAAACAUAGGCUGUGAAUAAUCGAAUAUGCAGAUGUGUAGCAUUAUAUGGAAUAUAUGUGUUAUAAAUCACACAAUUAAAAAAGUAGAGAAAAAAAUUCGCAUCGACGUAAGCCCCACUACGCUUCCGUACAGAGCUCGAACGGUUAAUGAAAGAUAAAUUAUUCGCUGGCUAAACCGAAUGCAAUUGUUUAUCUGAACGGAAAAAAAAGUAAAAAAAAAAAAAAAAAAAAAAAAAAAAACAAAUAAAAUAAAAUAAAAUAAAACAAACAAACAAACAAACAAAAUGAAAAACUAUUACACGGUCGCAAGAAUUUUGUUCUAUACGCUUUAAGAUUUUUUAAGCGGUAAGAAGAAGCGGACGUGCAAAAUUAAAUGGCAUUUCGAUCACUCGUCGAAGUACGAAAGCAAAAUUAAUUCAUUCAUAAGAUAAUUCAGUGUGUUCUGUUCGAAAAUCAUAUAUAUAUAUAUAUAUAUGCAUAUAUAUGUAUGUACAACGUUCUAAUUUUUGUACAAUAGAAUUUCGAUGCGCGCUUUAAAUCCACAUGGAAAAACACGAUUGUUCGACCCUUUCUAAUCUUUAAAUAUAUCUUAAGAUUUGCUGAUUAAUCUGCAUUCUUACUUUAUGUUUUCUCUGUACCGAUGGUGGUCCAACCAUUUCGGUACAUAGUCGAAAAUUACGGGCCUUUGGAAUAAAUCGGCGAACGUACAGGAGACAACCGCAGAAUUUUAAUCGAUACUAUAAAAUAAAAUAAAAAAAAGAAAAAAAAAAAUAAAAAAAAAAAAAAAAAAAAAUUUUGGUUGUUAAUUGUUGUGUAAAAUUUCGCUAAAAUAAAUAAGCUUAUCACAUUCUUUUCCCCUGGA